GUCUCGGGAUGAGAGAGGAGAGGAGAGGAGAAGAGAGGAGAGGAGAGGAGAAGAGAAGAGAGGAGAGUGGCGGCGAGUCGCGGCGAGGGGAAGGGAAGAGAGGGGAACGCUCCGGUGGACAAGUGACCUGGGCUCGCUUUGAAUUCCAAAAGGAUAGCGGCCACCUUUAACAUCCACUCGACGAUGACAGCACAGCUUCACCGAAUGGGGGGGCACUUUGAGAUAUGAUGUGCUUUCUUUCCGCUGGGGAAUAGUACUAUGAUUUGGUAUGUGGCCACUUUGAUAGCAAGUGUAUUCAGCACCCGAGGAACGGCCGCUCAAGGUGCCCACGGAGUGCGAGAGGAGCCCCAGUUUGUGACGGCACGUGCAGGCGAGAACAUCAUCCUGGGAUGCGAUGUGUCCCACCCUUUGAACGGCCAGCCCUACGUGGUGGAGUGGUUUAAGUAUGGAAUGCCCAUCCCCUUCUUCAUCAACUUUCGUUUUUACCCUCCACAUGUGGACCCAGAGUAUGCUGGCCGGGCCAGUCUAUACGGCAAAUCCUCCUUGCGGAUAGAAAAUGUUCGUUCGGACGACCAAGGCUGGUAUGAGUGUAAGGUGCUGAUGCUGGAGCAGCAAUAUGAUACUUUCUACAAUGGAAGUUGGGUGCAUCUAACUGUCAAUGCCCCUCCCACAUUCACAGAUACGCCACCUCAGUAUGUUGAGGCCAAGGAGGGAGGAAGCAUCGUUUUGACCUGCAUCGCCUUUGGCAACCCCAAACCCUCGGUCAGCUGGUUGCGGGACAGCAACCUUCUGGUCACCAGUGCCAAGUAUAAGGUAUUUGAUGGAAGUUUGACAGUGCUGUCCAUCGGCCGAGAAGAUCGCGGUGCCUACACAUGUCGAGCCUUUAGCCCCCAAGGAGAGGCCGUUCACACAACACGGCUGCUAGUUCAAGGCCCUCCGUUCAUUGUUUCGCCGCCAGACAACAUUACAGUGAACAUCUCGCAAGACGCCUUCUUCACCUGCCAGGCGGAGGCCUACCCCCGCAACUUGACCUACACCUGGUUCUGGGAGGAGGACAAUGUCUUUUUCAAGAACGACCUCAAGCGCAGAGUCAGUGUUCUGAUCGACGGCUCCCUUAUCAUUGCCCAAGUCAAGCCAGAGGAUGCCGGGAAAUACACUUGUGCUCCUAGCAACAGCCUUGGCCUACCGCCGACUGCCUCUGCUUACCUGACUGUGCAAUAUCCUGCCCGUGUUGUCAACAUGCCAUCCGUACUCUAUGUGGCCAUCGGUUUGCCGGGCUUUAUCCGAUGUCCUGUCGAUGCCAACCCGCCUGUAACAUUAGUUAAGUGGAAGAAAGACGGUCUCCCGCUCCGGAUAGACAAGUACCCUGGUUGGAGCCAAAUGGACGAUGGGAGCAUCCGUGUGGCAGAGGUGACGGAGGACUCUCUGGGCACCUAUACCUGCAUGCCUUACAAUGCCCUGGGUUCCAUGGGAUGGUCCCCACCUGCUCCCCUGGUGCUAAAGGACCCCCCCAAAUUCUCAGUGGUCCCUGGAGGGGAGUACAGACAGGAGGCUGGGAGGGAACUGGUUAUCCCAUGCGAGGCAGAAGGAGACCCUUUUCCCAAUAUAACAUGGAGGAAGGUGGGAAAGUCCAAUAAAAGCAAGCACAACGUUUUGCCUCGCGGCAGCUUACAGUUCAAGUCACUUUCAAAGGAGGACCACGGGGAAUGGGAGUGUGUCGCCACCAACGUUGCUACGAGCAUCACUGCCAGCACGCAUAUCCAAGUUAUAGGCACAAGCCCUCACGCAGCCACCGGAGUCCAUGCGGUGGCAUCCUCCACCUGGGCCAACGUCUCGUGGGAGGUGGGCUACGACGGAGGCUUCCAGCAGACAUUCUCAGUCUGGUACGGCCAUGUGCUAAAAAGGGAGCGUUUAGGUCCACAUGAUUGGCUCUCAGUACCCGUGCCAGGCGGCCAAGAGUGGAUGGUGGUGCCUGGCUUGGAGCCCGAGACAACAUACCAGUGCAGCGUCCUCGCCCAAAACAAGCUUGGCACAGGACCAUUCAGCGAGGUUGUCACUGUGAACACAUUAGUAUUUCCUCUAAGUACCCCUGAACCACUGGUGCUACUUACCCCACCACGGUGCCUCACAGCCAAUCGCACGCAGCAGGGAGUCCUGCUUACCUGGAUCCCGCCCGCCAAUCACACAGCACCGAUCCAGCAUUAUGUGAUGGAGUUUCGCUUGGGGGAGCGAUGGGAGGUCCUGGAUGACAGCGUCCCCUCAGGCGACACGGAGAUGCUUGCUCGUGACCUCAUUCAGGAGGCCUGGUAUGAGUUUCGCGUCAUGGCCGUCAUGGACGACACAAUCAGUGAGCCUAGCAACAUCGUCGGUGUGUCCAGUACUGACUUCUUUCCACCGCCAGAGAUGGUUGAGGAAUCAGGUUUGGCGCGACCAGUUGUGGCUGGCAUCGUGGCCACCAUCUGCUUCUUGGCCGCAGCCAUCCUUUUCAGUACAAUGGCGGCCUGCUUUGUCAAUAAGCAGCGGAGACGCAAGCUCAAAAGGAAAAAAGAUCCACCUCUUUCUAUUACCCACUUAAGAAAAAGUAUGGCAACGCCGCAAUCUUCAGGAAAGGCCAGUCCGGAAAGCAUCGGCUCAAAGACAUCCCUGUCACAAUCGUCAGAGGAUAGUCCUGAGCAACACGGCAAGAAAGCGUCCCUAAGUCCAGCCAAGAAAGAGGAGUUGUCUCUCUACAAGAAGACCAAAAGAGCAAUAACGAGCAAGAGAUACACCAUCUCCAAGCAAGAAGCCGAAGCAACCACACCUAUCGAACUCAUCAGCCGUGGCCCCGAUGGCCGUUUUGUCAUGGAUCCGGCAGAUGCCGAGUUUUCCGUCAAGCCCCGGCGAAUCCAGGGUUUUCCUUUUGUGGAAGAAUCCGACCUCUACCCUGAAUUUCGACAGUCGGACGAGGAGAACGAUGAUCUUCGGCCUCUUCCGCCAGUGAUGGCCCCUCUGCGGCCUCACCAGAUCUCGCCCAUCUCCAGUCACGAAUCCUACCUCCAGCCUCCGGCCUACAGUCCUCGUUUCCAGAAACCCUUUGAAGGUAUGACGAUCAUGGAGAGCGGCCGACUGCAGGCCGCAGGGCAGAUCCGCGGCUCUCUCCAUCACAGGGCUUUCUACGGCUACCUGGGCUCCCACGGGGAUCACGAGCCUCCUCCUUUUUAUAUGACCGAUACCAGUCCCCUUAGCUCCGUCAUGUCCUCCCCUCCGUACCUGAGCGAAGGUCCCUUUGCUUACCCGUUGAUUCCAGAAGAAAUGGGGGAAGGCGAUUUCACACAAUACGCCGUCUCUGGCUUCCCUUAUCCUCUGACUCUGGCUUCUUCCUCCCAUUCGCCGGAAUUUUGGCGGGGAAUGGAUUUGACCUUCUCAACGGUGGAGGGUCCCCAGUUCAUUUUCCCGCCACGCCACUCUCUCCAUCGCCACGAUUCUCCCUACCCCCCCCCAGCCCCUGUUCUUCCACUGAGUGCUUUCCAGACCUCUUCUCUCCCAAUGCCCACCUAUCCGUCCGUAUUGCCACUGGAAGCGCCGCAGAGCUACUCCAGCAAGUCUCCCAGCAAGGCCAAGCCUCACGGCUCUCCAGCCAGGCAUUUCGCGGCCAUGCAAGAGGCUCAUUUCGGUCAGCUAAGACAGCGUGCAAGUCGCGGUAUGGCCGUUCCGGUCUCGCCUUACACCGAUCCGACGGCCCGUACGGGCCCGAGCGCCCUCAGUAGCCUGGACACCCGAUGGUUUGAAUCCAGCCCUCGUUUCAGUCCGAGACAGGCUCGCCGGAUGGAUUCGGGCGCGCAUCAGGUGGUUCUGCAGCCCUCUCGACUUUCCCCUCUCACCCAAAGCCCCUUGAGUUCUCACCAGGGAUCUCCCGAGAUCGUCGUCCGUCCCCGACCGCGGCCCAACAUCGUAGCCCCGGGGAUGUCUGAGAUUACCCUCCUCCCUCCUUCCGCAGCCACCUUCUCAAGGAGAUCUUCCCCUUCUUCCUCACCCGCACUAGGCCAGGGUAGCAGAAGAUCCAGUCCUGGCUAUCGUUCCCACAUGGCCUUUGCUUCAUCCGCGAGCAGCUAUCCGGCUUCGCAGUCGCCGUCACCAGCCAUGGAAAGGAGCAACGUGUUUGGGCAGGUGCCGUCUCACAGGAGAACUGAGGAGGAGAUCCUUCCAUCUGAGCCCUCUCCAUCCCAGUUGUCAGCUUCAGGAAAACGUCGAGGUGCGCCGAGUGUCCUUUCGGGGUCUGAGAGGAUGGAUGCUCUGAAAUACCAACGGAUUCGAAAGGCUAAGAAGGUGACCAUGAAUAACAAUAAUUCCAAGGCCAGGAGGAAAGCAGGUGUCUCCAGCUCUCAGACCCAGCAGGCUCACAUCACUCAGGUACUUCAGCCCGAAGAAGCGCUCUACCUCCACAGGAAAAAGAAACGUCUCCGGAUUCACGAUCCAUACAAUCGCUUCUCUGCUCUGCUGUACCGCCGGCCCCUUCCAGAAGAUCAAAAGGCUAUUUUGGCUUGUAUGGACAACGUCGAACUAGACCAGGCCACCUUCCUCUGAAAAUAAGGUCGUAUAGAUGUUCUAUGACAAUAACAUUGAUGCUUUUAGAUUGGUUCAACCGCCUCGACAUUUAACAUGACUCUGAAUGAAUCAGCUCAAUAUUUAUUUGACCCUGAUGACAAUCCCUCCAAAAUCGGAAAAGUUGAUUUCGAUAUGAUGUACUUCUAAAUUCUGCCCUCUGAAGUCAAAGUGCUCAUCUCCAUCUUCCUUCAAUGGUCACGUCGAGUAUUAUUCUCAAUGUGUUUAUCAAAUCAGAAUGAUAGCUGCCGCAAUUUUUCUCCAGUGCAAAAAGCGAUGACAAAAAUGUGCAAAAGUGAAACACAAGCUUGCACUGCCUGGUGAGCAGGUUGUGACUUACGUACGUGUUGCUUCUAUUUCGCACGUCGUGUUCUUCAAGAAAGGUUCUCUGAUGAAUGUUUUUUUCUGAAAUCUAUCCAAACAUGUGACAGCAGUCUGCAAAAGGUCAUAUGAUAUUGUGGCAGGACAAACAUGAAAACAAAAUAGAACCAAAGCGUAAAAUGUAAAACUAGUGUUAAAUUCAUGAGGA